CUACGUAAAUUAGAAUGACUAGUAAAAAAGGACACACCCUCCGAAUUGAAUCAGAAAUCGAUAAAAACCGCGAGGACGGAAAUUGGAAAAAGGUUAUAGAAUUGGCGGAACACCUGAAAGUACAGUACCCUAGUAAUGAAUGUUUAGCAAAUUUUUUAUGUGGGGAAGGAAGAUUAGAAAGCUUUUUAGAACAAACUCCACCUAUAGAUGCCAACAUUGGAAAAGCUAGAAAUGGACUACAAGAAACUAGAAAAUACUUGAUCCUUGCAGCAAAUGAAAAAGAUAAACAAGCUUUGGUUGUAUUGGAUGCACAUUUACUACUUGGUAAAUUGCAUUAUGCAAUGGGGAUGUAUGAAGAAGCUCUGAAACAUUAUCAACAAGCUGAAUUACACACACUUACAGAAAAACCAUUACCUUGUAGAAGCCUACGUAUUAUUGCAGAAUCAUAUGCAAUUAAAGACACAGAGAAACAUUUAUCCUGCCGAAGACUGCGCAUUAUUGCUGAGUCAUAUGCAAUUAAAGGUCUUUGUUUGGAAAAGUUACCACCAAAUUCUAAAUCAAAAUACAAAAUAGCAGAAUGGCAAGAACAAAUCAUCAAAUGUUAUGAAAUUACUGGGGACCUGACAUUGGUGUAUUUACAAGAACAAGAAAAACUUGCAAUGCAACAUCAAAAUGGCACGUCUACCGUAAAUAGUAACAAUGCAGGUACAUAUUCCUCUCAGUCUUCGUAUUGUUCUACAAAACAUAUCGGGCCAAUUUUGGAAACUGCACUACAAAGGGCACCCAUAUUGUACAUUCAAACUGGUAAUAUUCAAGGUGCAAUAAACCGUUACAGGGAAAUUUUAUCUGCUGUGGAGUCUACAACUACUCAAAGUCUUAGAGUUACUUUAACAAGACAAUUGGCAGAAGUAUUAGUUCGAGGAAUUAGCGGUGCGGAAUAUAAAGCUCCAGAAGCACCAAGUGAUUCAACAGAUUCUCCUUGGAAGCCAAAGAAAUAUUUAGGUCCUAAUAUGUUUGUGCCAAGAAAUGAGUAUGAAGAAACAAUUCUGUUAUUAUUAAUAAGCGAAGCUAUGGCAGUUAGAGAUGCUGUCCUUAGUCAAUCUCCAGAAUUUAAAGAUGCAAGAAUACAUGCUUUUGAAAAUGCCACUGCAGUAUAUGAUCUCCUCACAGUAGUCGUUGUGAGAUGGAGUCAAGUAGAUUUGCUAUAUGAGUCAUUUGAAAGAGCAAUGAAAUUUUCUCACGAGGAAGCCCAUGUAUGGACUCAGUGUGCAUUAUGUUUAAUUAGUAUGGGGAGAUAUAUGCAUGCAUAUAGGGUUUUGAAAGUAGUAGCAAGAUUAUCACCACAGAAGGUAAUGCCUUGUCUUUUAGCUGCAAGGUUGUGCUAUGAACAAUUAAAUAUGAUAAAAGAAGGUAUUGAAUGGAGUCAAAAAGCACUUCAAAGAGAAACAUCAAAUUCUCAAGGAAUGCAAUCAAGAUGUCAUCUCUAUAUUGGUAUUGGUCAUAGUAUUCUUGCUACAAACACUAUAGUAAAAAUGGAUAAAACUUACCAUACCAAAACAGCUUUAGAAUGUUUUCAAAAGGCGCAACAGUGUGAUCCAAACGAUCAUUUAGCUGAAUACUAUUUAGCACAUGAAUAUGCAAUUAACAGACAAAUUAACGACGCAAUGGUUCAUGUAAAAAUUGCAUUAAAUCUUCGGGCAGAACACAUUCCAUCCCUGCAUUUAUUGAUAUUACUGCUGUCGGCACAUAAGCAAUAUUCUGAAGCAUUGCAUCUAAUAAACAGUGUGUUAGAAGAAUAUCCAGAUAAUUUAAAUUUUCUUUAUGUAAAAGCACAUCUCGAAUUACAAAGUAUCGGUGGUGAACAAGCAUUAUUCACCAUAAGACAUAUGCUUUUACUUUGGAAAAAUUUGUAUGAAGAUCAAACUAAUGCUAAUUGUAAUGAACAGCACAGUGAGAAACGCAGUGAAACAAGAAGUGUUUUUCAACUGUAUGCUUCUGAAAUGUCUGAUAAAGACUCUAGUUCUGUACACGCACAAUCAUUGGCUGCUUCAAGAGUAGAACAAGCCUUAUCUGAAGUUGCAUCAUCACUUAGUUCUUUUACCCCAAAGCCUGGACCACAAAGAGCAUGGCUAUUACAAUUACAAGUUUGGUUAUUACUUACCGAAGUAUACUUAGUUUUAGAUCAGCCAAAUGGUGCUGUUCUUUCCUUACAAGAAGCCACGAAUAUUUUCCCAUUAAGUCACCAUAUUAUGUAUACACGGGGUCUUCUUCAUGAAUAUAAAUUGGAAUAUAUGGAAGCAAAGCAAUGUUAUCAGAAUGCAGUUUCAAUUAAUCCAUCACAUAUCAAAAGUUUACAACAUUUGGGAUUAAUUUAUCACUAUUUGGGAAGUCAAAGGUUAGCUGAAAAAACUUUACGGGAUGCUGCAAAAAUUGACCCAAAUUCUCAUCAAACAUGGUAUAAUUUGGGAAAAGUGUUGGAAUCCUUAGGUGAAGUAGAAGCAGCGAGUGAUUGUAUGGCAACAGCAUUGGAAGUGGAAACCACAAAUCCAAUAUUACCAAUUCUCUCGAUUCCAGUUACAUUUGAAUGAUUUAAAAUUUUAAUUCUUUAAUUAUAAUUAAGGACAAAUCACAAUUUAUUGUGCAACAUUGGCAUUUGUUUGCUCUUGUGGCAAUAGUACCUGCUUAUCUCUAAACUGUUGCAUUAUUGUACAAAUAAAUGAAUUCUUUAAAAAGUAUUAGAAUUAUGCAAAUAAUUUAUCAAUAAUCAAUGUAAAAAUCUCUAAUAAAUAAAUAGUUGUAAGAUAAAAAA